AUGGGUUUGGUUGUUGGAGGCUCCGGUGUUCUUCUGUCUCCUUGCUCGUCCAGCGGCUCGAGCUCCUCCCCUGCCUACACGCUUGCUCGAGGACGGCUUGCCGAGAUAUUGGAGAGUCUCUUGUCGGAGAGUAUCUGCCCGUUUCCUCUCUCUGGUUUGCUCUCUUCGUCUCCCCUUCUUGUGGUCCUCUGCGGUGCUUCUCUCUGUCUUCCUUUCCCGGCGGUGGCUUUCAAGCUCUUCGUCUUGGAUCUGUCGUCGCUAGGUCCCUCUUUUAUUGUCCCCUGUAUCUGUUUGUUUUCUCUGGGCCCUGCUGCGGGAGCGGCUGUGUCAUCGUUAGGUUUAGGUGUAGCUUCGUUCAGAGUUUGUGGUGCUUUAGUUGCUGUUCCUCUGUUUUGCCUUGGGUCUCAGCUUCUUAGUCUCGGUGGUCCUGUGCCGGCAACUUCUUCUCAGGCCUUCCAUCAUUCGUCUGCUCUCGGGUUUGUUUUCCCAGUUGUGGCCGGUGUCAAUCUCGACAGGUUGCUCUCGCUGCCUCUGGUUGGUUUAGCUUCCGCCUUUGUGUUUCUUUUGCCGCCAAUUCAAGCUUUGGUCUUGGAACAUGAAGAGGAUGAAGCUUCAAUGCCAAAGCUGCAAGCACACGUCUGACCAUUCGAUCAAGAGGUGUAAGCAUUUGGAAACCGGUGGAGAUAGAAAGGGGAGGGAACAUCUUAUUUCUAAGUUGGUUUUCUCUUAAUAUUUACAAGUUAGAUGUUUUGUUAUACAUACCAUAGAAAUUAGGUUGUUAGUACUUUAGAAAUUAGAAUAUUAUUACUAUAGUAAUUAGGUGAUUAAAAUUUUAGAAAUAAGGUGGUUAGAGACCUGGAUAUCUAUAGUGAUUUGUUAUAUUUGUUAUAUAUUAGUUUUAUAUAAUCGAUUCCUCUGUUUUCACUUUUUAAUAAUGUAUUAGAGAUUUUAUAAUAAUUUUUUUUGUAUUUUUUUUAAGAAAAUACUACCGAUUAGCUACAGAUAGAUUUGUGGCUAGUCUUCAAUAUUGGGUACAAAAAUUUUGUGGGAAAUUGUAAUAAAUUGCCACUAUUUAUACUAUAACUACAUUGUAGCUAAUUAAUUACCG